AUGCUCUCAGACUUCAGGAAGAUUUGGGGCGUCUUUCAGGCCUGGAAAGUAGGUAAGAAGACAACGUCGCCGACCGAAGUGCGUUGGUUGUCAAAUGAGAUGCAAUGUGAGCAGGGUGAACUACUCUCGGAUAAGAAAUUGAUUGCUACUGUCAAUGAACUCUUCCUAAUUGGGUCUGGUGCCGUCCUUUUCGCGGUGCUAGCCGGUUUAAGUGUCUGCUCUUUCUAUGCUAGAAGGGCCUCAAAAUGGCCGCCAGUCUGUCGGGCACUCACGAUCGACAGCAGCCGGCGUGUGAUGGCCAUGUCGAAGUUGUCCAAGUAUAACUGUUCGGGGGUACCGACGAAGCCGCCGAUGACGCUCAUAAUGAGGAGUGGUGAGAACACAUGCCACUUUGAAACUACUUAUGAUGACAGGAUUGAUCCUAUAGGUAUGAGCGAUGCCCACAAGGAGAAGCUAAUCCUGUUAGGAGGCGGGCGAGCUGUCAAUGAUGGAUAA